AUGCCGAAAAGAAAAGCUGCUGAAAUGACUAACCAGACCAUUACAAACGAGGAGUUCGCUCGUAUCUUCCGGGCCUUGACAGACGACGAAGAAGCAGAGCAGCAACAGCAACAGCAACAGCAACAGCAACAGCAACAGCAACAGCAACAGCAACAGCAACAGCAACAGCAACAGCAACAGCAACAGCAACAGCAACAGCAACAGCAACAGCAACAGCAACAGCAACAGCAACAGCAACAGGCUGCUGUUGCGCCUGUUCCGAACCAGGGUAGUCCUACCCUAUUCAGCAAUUCUCGGGAUCUCGAGACAGACGAUAAUGCGGUGACCCCAUCGCUUUUCCAAGAGGAAGCUGGACAAGACUACCAGGGUGUCGACGGCCAGACACAAGAUUUCUCCUUUCCUGCUCUGAAUUCCGCAUUCACACAAUACGACAACACCGGCCCCCAGGACGUGCCACCACAAGGCCAGGUAUCACACUCUUCCUCUGGCUCUGAAACCAAGGUAUAUGCACCGAACACCACUAACGGUCUCCAGGUCCUCCCCACCACGACUGCCCCUUCUGUGUCGUCUUCCUCUUUCACUCCUGCUCCUGCCGGCAUCAAUCCGGACAUCCUUGCCGGCGCCCUCCAGGUCGCCACAACUGCACCUGGGCCAUCCGCAGCAACCUGGCCCAUUAACAACACAACGGCCACCCCCUUCGCUCCUCCCCCUCCACAAACAUUCCCUCCUCCCCACAACCACAAGCACAACAGCACCAACACCAACGCCAACAAUAUCAAACAUGGUGGUCCUUUACCAACCCCCGUCGCCACAACCAGAACUCCUGAGCGAGUACCCACACCUCCACCGAACACAUCACACAACCGGCUAUCGUGA